CAACUUACCAUAGCAAAGCAGUUUAACUACUCGCCAAUCACACAUAUUCAGCAGUAACGCGUUCUCUAAUCAAAUUAAAAACUAGCAAAAUGUUCAAGUACAUCGCCUUCGUCCUUUUGGUCCUGGCUGCCGUCGCCCGUGCUGAGCCUAAACCCAGUGUGCUCGCCUACACUGCGCCCGUGGUCGCCGCUGCACCCUCAGCUGCCAUCUACACCCGUGAGUACCACGGCAACUUUGCUGCGCCCUAUCUGGCUUCACCCUACGUGGCACCAGCACCGUACUUCGCCUCGCCCUACGUAGCUUCGCCGUAUUACGCGUCGCCUUACGCUCCUGCCUAUACCGCACCGCUUUUGUUGAAGAAGUGAAUGCAAUAGUCUGCUGUUUAAGUGAUUUACGAUUUUAUAGCAAAAAAAAAAAAUAUUUACGAUAAAAAAAUUAUACGAUAUUGUUGAUAAAUGCAUGUGUAUGCAAUAAAAUGUGAGUUUUCGGAAGAAAACAUAAAAUGAA